AUGUGGCCUAAACAUAGCGAACUAAUUGUGCUUUUUGCUCUUCUUUAUUCAGUCGAAAAGGUGAACGAUUAUCAAUAUGAAUUUACCAACGUCAACUGUACAACUUUGGAUAAGGACUUUGCUGACUUCGAAUAUUGCUAUUUGAAGUCGGUGAAUCGAAGCUAUAAGUAUAUGUCAAUUAAAGUUAAUUUGUUUAAAACGCCAAUCACAAAAGUCAAGUUCCGAGCAAUGGUCUUUAAACGGUUUAGUGGCUACAGGCCCUUCAUGUUUAACAUCACUGUGGAUGCCUGCAGGUUCUUGAGGAAUACGAAGUCAAAUCCUAUAGCCGCGUACUUUUUGGAUUUUUUAAAACCCUACUCCAAUAUGAAUCACUCGUGCCCCUUCAAUCAUGAUCUAAUCUUGGAUAAACUGGAUAUCAACUUUGUUAAUCACCAAUUGACAAAAGUUCUACCUUUUCCGGAAGGCGAUUACUUAUUGGAAACUCAUUGGAUAGCCUACGAGAUUAAUCGCGCUGUGGUAAAAGUAUAUGGAACUCUAUCCUGAUGAAUUAUAUUUGCAAAAAAUGUUGAAAUGGGCUAAUUAAAAAAAAAAAUAAGAAAAAUAUAAAAGGCA